AUGCAAGCAAUCCUCUGUGAGAAGGAGCUCCAGCAAAACAAUCUUUCCAUGGACCUCUGUGCCUGCAAAAUCUGCAAAUUAUUGGAAAUUUUCCAGAAAUAUGGAAAUGUGCAUACAAUUUGGUUCGGACCGAUACCAACUGUGCACAUAUGCAACUACACUAGUGCCGUGGAAGCAAUGAUCAAAAAAGGAACGGCCUUUGUCAAUAGAGCCCUACCGUACCUGUUUGAAUAUUCAAGAGGUCAGAAGAACAUUGUUGACAUAUUAGGAGGCAAGGGACUACUUGCAUCUAGUGAUGAGUUCUGGCAAGAACAGCGACGCUUCGCUUUGCACACUUUGAGAAACUUUGGCUUGGGCAGGAAUAUCAUAGAGGAAAGGAUAAUGUUCGAAUUUGAGAUGACACCGGAAAUUACGAUUAUUGUAGGACUGCCUUGCAGCAGUAACCAACAGCGCUCCUUCCCAAAACCCUUUUCAGUCGAGAACCUGAAUCAAACACCACCUCCCCCUCCAUCUGCGCUCUCCAUCGCGUCUAAGGAAGCGGCGCCUAAAGUUUGUUUAAUAUUGCCUUUGGGGCUACUUUAUUCUAAAAUACGACUUCACGAGAAGAAAGGAGAAGACUCCAAAUUUGGCAUUAUGGAUAUAGCUCAAACUGCAGAAUAG